AUGAGUGACGAUCAGUGUCAGUAUCAUGUAUAUCUCUUAUCCCUCUCUCACCCUCUGACCUCAUUGACAGACCUUCCAUCAUUUGAAGGAACAUGGGCCAGGUUGUCCCAAGUGGCUGUCAAGGGUGCUCAAUAUAACUCCCAUGAAUGUCAGCCCCACCUGAAAUGUUUGGAAGGGACUCGGAUUGAUCUCCUCAAAUACAUCCAUGAAUUACUGGAUGAUCCUGAGAAGAACCAACUCAUUUGGCUGCAUGGUAUGGCUGGAGUUGGAAAGUCUGCCAUCGCAUUCACAGUAGCUGAAAAAAUGAGAGCAGGAACAUUCUUUUUCUUGCAAAAGCACACCAAACACUGCACAACUGGAUAUUUUUUUGCAACACUUGUCUACCAGCUUGCCAACAAUUUCCUGAACAUUCAAAAGGAUGUGAACAGAGUCAUCUGUGACAAUCCUGCUCUACUAGACCCUGAUGCACCUCUCUGUGACCAGAUGGAGGCUCUCUUUCUCCAACCUCUUUGGUGA